AUGGCACCACCAAAAUUAUAUCAAAAUUAUGAUUAUGAUUGUAGUAGAGCAUCAUUUAUAACUAUACCACUUGGUACAGCUGGAGGAUUGGAUGAAUCCAAUUUAUCAUCAUUUUUACUUACCAAAAAAGGAUCAAAUGUUUUCAUUGCACUCGAUGCAGGUACUAUAUGGGCUGGUGUCAGUCAAUUUAUUUCAUCGAGUUCAAAGUGUUCUAGGUUCUUUGAUAUCACAUAUCCAUCGUGGGCCACAACAGUUGACCAAAAGGUAGCUUGGUUUAUUCGAAACCAUAUAUUGGGCUAUUUUAUAGGUCAUAGUCAUUUGGAUCAUGUCCAAGGAUUAAUCGAGUCAAGUCCCGAAGACUAUCUAUCAUCCAUUGCAUUUGACUUUAAACCACCCAUCAACAAUGGAUUACUACAAAUUCUCAGAUCACUCUUAUCACCAGCUCAACAACAACAAUCUAAUCCAUCACCAACCAUUCUCCAGAAAAAGUCAAUCAUCGGAUUACCAUAUACAAUCAAUGCAAUCCAAACCCAUUUAUUUAAUAAUGUCAUUUUCCCAAAUUUACCAAGUUUUGGUAGAUAUGAAUAUUUUACACUUGAUAAUACAGUAAAAUAUAAUUUAAUUGAUUUGGUAACUGUAAAUGAAACACAAAAAUCAUCAAUGAAAGGACAAUUCCCAAAUAAUAUUCAAAUCACUCCAUUUGAACUAUGCCAUAAUGAUAUCAUGUCUUCAGCAUUCCUUUUCCAAGAUAUGACAACCAAUGAACAAAUUGUAUUUUUCUCAGAUACAGGUGUACCAAGUGGAAAUUAUAAUUGUGAUUGGAAAGAAAAAAUUAAUGUUGUUUGGAGAAAUAUUAAAAUUGAUAAAUUAAAAGCCAUUUUUAUAGAAAGUUCAUUUACUAGUAAUACAAGUGAUUCACAAAUGUAUGGUCAUCUUAGACCAAAGGAUGUAAUGGCAUUGAUGGAACCAUUAUUAAUGAAAUCACAACAAACCAUUCCAAGAACGACAUCACUCCGACACGUUAAAUUAAUCAUCGAACAUAUUAAACCACUUGCCAACCAAUUCUAUAGUCGUCUCAGUCUCAAACAACAAAUCUUUAAAGAAUUGACUGACAAUAAUCCUUUUAAUAUCAAUGUUAUUAUUCCACAACAAGGCGAACCAAUUUGUAUAUAG